GGCAUCCGCUCCAAACCUGGAGUCCGUGGCCAGCAGACAGACACACCCAGGUGCCACCGAGGCAAAGAGCUCAUCCAACAUGGCCUGCAUUUCACCAGAAUACAACGCACACACUAUGCAUACACGGACUGCGACUGCUCCUGCAUCGGUCAACUCCCGCUUCGAGUCUCUACCGCGCGAACUCCGCGAUAUCGUAUACCAUGAGCUAUGGAGAUUCACACCCAAGGUCAGCGCUAAGUACAAGGGCAUAGACAUGCAGCUACUACUCCGAUCAAACGCAACGGAUCAAGCUUCAAGCCGACCAGCCUCUCAAGCCUUACCCCUACCCGUCUGGCUGCGCACACGCAAGUCGAUCCUUCACGAAGGACUGGCGGAGUUACAGCACUCGUCUUCGUGGACCGUGGGACCGUGAGACCGCAGCACGCAGAACAGCUACCAAGCCGAUUCCCGACAACAGGGAUGAGCAUCUUGGAUCCUACCGCGGCUGGCGUACUGACCAUCUGGACGAACGGCGUGCGAUGGAGGAGUCCAGGCGCCACGUUCACUCUCGACGAGGACCUCGACAUACAAUACAUCGCUGUGCUCGCGCGGCGCUUAGAUGUCUCCAACACAGUCCAUACUCUCCGACUGAAAACUGAGCUACGGCUAUGUUGAGUUACUUGCU